GCAAAACCGUGCGUCCGGGAGGCGUGUCCUCCAGAGCCGCCAGUGAGGGACACACACCCGCUUUGCAUCUGCCGUGCGGGAAAGCGCCGUGUCGUGAGCACUUGUGUCCGGGAACCUUCCGGAUCUUCCAGCAUAUUCUUUGGAUUAUCCUCCACGGUGGCAAACAUCUUCACUUAGAGCUGGUUUGGUUUUCAGCAUCAGCUGAGAGUUGUUUGCAGUCCGGUCUGGCGGUUAGAGGGAUUAACCGAGGAGUAACCAUCUGAGGCCCCGGGGGAGCUGGGGCUCCAGCCUCGCCCACCCGGAGGCCGCGAGCCCCCGCAGCGUGGCUGUUCCUAAGGAGACGCGCUUAAUGCAAAACACACACCGGACUGUGGAGGCUUAAAGAAUGCAAAACAACUCCCAUCAUUUUUCUCCGUAUUGAUUACAUAUGCCGAACUCCUGCUGUUUGGGAAAUAACGAGUUAAAGGAAGCCACGUCUGGACGAGCCCCGCCUGGGCCCAAGCGUACAGAGGAUGGAAACACUCCCCCCGCCAUGUCUCUGGGCCGUCUCCUUCGCCGGGCCUCCUCCAAAGCCUCGGACCUCCUGACCCUCACCCCGGGCGGCGGCGGUGGGCCCCCCUCCGUCCUGGAUGGGGAGAUCAUCUACUCCAAGAACAAUGUCUGUGUGCACCCACCAGAGGGGCUGCAGGGGCUGGGGGAGCACCACCCAGGAUACCUGUGCUUGUGCGUGGAGAAGGACGAGCUGCUGGGGAGCACCCUCAUCCUCACGUGGGUCCCCAACUCUCGGAUCCAGAGGCAGGACGAGGAGGCACUGCGUUACAUCACCCCCGAGAGCUCCCCCGUGCGCAAGGCACCCCGCCCGCGGGGCCGGCGCGCCCAGAGCCUGGGGGCCCCCCGCCAGCCCUCCCCGACGGAGGCCAGGCCCGCCCUGAUCCCCAGAGACGAGGACACCGCGGCGGUGGCUCAGAGCGUCCAGGACGCCGUGCACGUCAGCCCUUCCCCCCCUUCCGAGGACGGGGAGAGGCUGGCCCAGGGCUUGGGGACGGCCGUGCCACCAGCCCACAGCGACUCCGGGAUCCUGUCGGCCGUCAGCUCGCAGGAUGGGACAGAGGAGGGGCGGGAGCCGCGGCCCGAGGCCGGCGAGGAGGAGGGCUCCCUGGAGCUGUCCGCCGAGGGCGUGAGCAGGGACAGCUCCUUCGACUCGGAUUCCGAUGCCUUCUCCUCGCCCUUCUGCCUCUCGCCCAUCAGCGCCGCCCUCGUGGACAGCGGCAGCUCCGUGUUCCUGGACAGCGAGAGCGGCUCCCCCUGCGGCGCCGACACCCCCCUGCGGUUCCCCGACGGCCACGGCCUCCCGCAGACCCCGCGCUGGGACGAGCCCCAGAGGGCCUGCGCGCUGGAGCAGAUCUGCGGCGUGUUCCGCGUGGACCUGGGGCACAUGCGCUCCCUCCGUCUCUUCUUCAGCGACGAGGCCUGCACCAGCGGCCAGCUGGUCAUCGCCAGCCGGGAGAGCCAGUACAAAGUGUUCCACUUCCACCACGGCGGCCUGGACAAGCUGUGCGACGUGUUUCAGCAGUGGAAAUACUGCACCGAGACGCACCUCAAGGACCAGCAGGUCGCCGACGAAAAGACGUGCAUCCAGUUCUCCAUCCGCCGCCCCAAGCUGCCCUCCUCGGAGACGCACCCCGAGGAGGGCGUGUACAAGAGGCUGGACGUGGCGGCCUGGCUGCACCACCUGAACGAGCUGGGCCAGGUGGAGGAGGAGUACAAACUGCGCAAGGCCAUUUUCUUCGGCGGCAUUGAUGUGUCAAUCCGGGGGGAGGUCUGGCCUUUCCUGCUGCGGUAUUACAGCCACGAGUCCACGUCGCAGGAGAGGGAGGCGCUGCGGGCGCAGAAGCGAAGGGAAUACGCCGAGAUCCAGCAGAAGAGGCUCUCCAUGACCCCUGAAGAGCACAGAGCGUUCUGGCGCAAUGUGCAGUUCACCGUGGACAAGGAUGUGGUCCGGACAGAUCGGAGCAACCAGUUCUUCCGGGGGGAGGACAAUCCGAACGUGGAGAGCAUGAGGAGGAUCCUGCUGAACUACGCGGUCUACAACCCCGCCAUCGGCUACUCCCAGGGCAUGUCAGACCUGGUGGCACCCAUCCUGGCCGAGGUCCUGGAUGAAUCAGACACCUUCUGGUGCUUUGUGGGUUUGAUGCAGAACACGAUCUUCGUCAGCUCUCCUCGGGACGAGGAUAUGGAGAAACAGCUGCUCUACCUGCGGGAGCUGCUGCGACUGACCCACCUGCGUUUCUACCAGCACCUGGUGUCGCUGGGCGAGGACGGCCUACAGAUGCUCUUUUGCCACCGCUGGCUGCUGCUGUGUUUCAAGCGCGAGUUCCCCGAGGCCGAGGCCCUGCGGAUCUGGGAGGCCUGCUGGGCCCACUACCAGGCCUUGCAGGUACGUGGGAGCCCCACCGGCCCGCGGACACGUGCCCCAGUGUGCCCCGGCCUUCCUGAUGUUGCUGGAGGAGCAUGUCUGGGGGCAGCGAGUCCAGAGACACACGGCUGGUGCCCCAGGCCAUCUAUGUACUCGCCCACCCGUGCCCUCCGCCCGCUCUCGCGCCCCCGCCCGGGUCUGACUGCUGCCCGCCUGGAGCGGCGUGCUUGGCGGACGGAUUACUUCCACCUUUUCAUCUGCGUGGCCAUCGUGGCCAUUUACGGGGAUGACGUCAUUGAGCAGCAGCUGGCCACCGACCAGAUGCUCCUGCACUUUGGAAACCUGGCCAUGCACAUGAACGGGGAGCUGGUUCUCAGGAAGGCCAGGAGUCUGCUGCACCAGUUCCGCCUCCUGCCCCGCAUCCCCUGCAGCCUGCACGACCUGUGUAAGACGUGCGGGACCGGCAUGUGGGACAGCGGCUACAUACCCGCCGUGGAGUGCACGGGCCACCACCCCGGCUGGGAGAGCUGCCCCUAUGGGGGCACGGUGGAGACGCCUUCGCCCAGGCCCCCCAGAGAAGGCAAGAAGGGCCCCAAGAUGCCUCGGGAUGGCUUCGGUUUCCGCAGAUAGGUCGGACUGCCCGCAUCCGCAGGUCCUGGGCACGUGGGAGGGGGUGGGGAUGGGCCGGUGGAAACACGAGGAAGAAGAGACUUGUGGCAACAGGAAGGGGACCUUUUCGUGUUAAUGACAUCAGCAGAGCCUCGAAGUGACAGAAGUUAAGCCCCGCCAGCUGCCCAGAGAAGAGUCACCUCCCGAAGCAGGGGGACCAGCGCACACGGCGGUUCCCCCUGCCGAUGCAGGCGGGCUGGGUCUCCGUCUGCCCCAGGGGCUCCCCCGGCACCACCAGUGACCAGCGACAGUGCCGGGCGAUGAGGAAGGACCAGAAGGCCUGUUCGGCCAGCAGCACAGGGAAUGCAGAACAGAACGGCGGCCCGGCCCGGCCCGAGACAUCCCUGCAUGCUGGACACACGUCGUCAUCGGGCCCCAUUUUCUGAGCAGGCCAGUCUUGCUUUGCACAGCUUCACGGCUUAUAGGAAGAUGUCUGCAAAAACGAAACAAAACAAAAAACAAAAGCCCAGUGAUUUCAGAGUAGAGAGAUGUGGGAGCAGUGGAGGGUGUGAGAAGCUCGGGGCUUUGUGUCCGUGUAAAUGUUUUAUACUCCUGGUAUGCCUCGGAAACAGCCCGAGCCUCGAGCUGUCGGGAGCUGUCGGACUCGCCUUCCGUAGUGGGGGCGGCUCUACGUGAGCAUCAUUGACAUUGUCUAAGGUCCACCUCACCGAACACAGCGAGCAGCCGGGGGCCGUGUGUGCAGGCAGGAUGGACAACGUCUGAGGGGAGUGGUGGUGCAUUAAGUAACCAACCGAGACAAAGGCACCCGAAAGAACUAGAAAGAUUCCCGCGUGCCCCCGGGCCUGCCCACAGCCUGGGCCUUCCGUAAGUCAGCUUCGCAGGUGGUCGGGCGCGGCAGCGGACCGCAGGAAUGUAGCCGGCACUCAGGACGCCGUCGCCCCUGCCGGGGUCUAGCGGUGGACGGGGGAGGGUAUGGCAGAGUUCCCAGCCAGCCGAAGAGCAUCCAUCCAGCCGUUGGCACGAGGAGGCCGCUUCUUGAACCGUUGGGAUCGUGGAGGCGGGAACCCUCCCGCACACCCUCGAAGGGGUCAUCAUGGAGACACAGCCCCAACUAAGGCUUCCUCCCGCUCUCAGCUCUCCUCCCUGGAGAGCAAACAAUGCUGCUGGGGCCACGUGAAAAAGAUGUGUAUCCACAGAAGAGAGGAAGUUGCCGGCCCCCUCCCUCAAAACUUCUCAGUCCCCCGUGAGCCCGAGUUCUCUCGCAGGCAAGGUGGCCAACACUGGCAUCUCCAAGUUCCCAGGGCUCCUGUCCCAGAGCCUUCUGGGGAGACCCUCCUGGAGCCCCCACCCCGGCCCGCAGAUCCUGGGGUGCUGGCUGUUUCAGCCCAGCAGCAGGGUCCAGGCUGGAUGGGGGCGGACUUCUCACCUGCUCUGCCUCUGGGAGGAGGGGGGUGCCUUUCUGUGCUGGCCCCCGGUCUGCUUUGGAAAAGGCUUCAGCUAAGCAGGCGCUGUACCGAUCCUGCCGUAGAGACCACAUCCACACAAACAGGAGCAUCCGUUAUCCGUCGCCACGGCGGUGCUGCGUAACAAAUGAGCCCCAAGCCUGGCGGUCUCGCAUGCGGCCUGAGGGUCAGCGGUUUAGGCUGGGCGCUUCUGGUCUUGGCUGGGUGUGCUCGGGAUGGUGACGCCCAGGUGGACAGGUCACACCUGGCACUGCGCCACGUCUCUCGAAUCCCCCACCGCCCCCUGCGAGCUAGCCCCGCUCGAGGCACAAGUGCAGAAGCAGAAAUGCACGGGCGCCUUCCCCAGCCUUGGGGGAGGCCACACCUGCUGUCAUCCCAUUGCCGGAGCAAGUCACGUGGCCAGAGUCAGCACCCAGGGGUGGGGAGCCGGACCCUCCCCUUUAGCAAGAGGAGCCGCGCAGGGACGGCAAGGGGCUGGGAAUUCAGAGGGUGACAAACCAUACAGUCUGCCACCACCUCCAGGAAGUCUUGGGUCCAAGUGACCCUGUUGGGGAGCCCUCCUGUCAGGGCCAUGGCUUCCCCUGUAAAGGCAGGAGACGCCCAAGGGGAAAGAGCGUGCUUCUAGGCUCACCGUCUAGCAGGAUAGCAUCCGCGCAUUUUACUGAGAUACCUUGUGCCUUUGGGCUGCUGUGUAUGUGUGUGCGUGCGUGUGUGUGUGUGUGUGUGUGUGUGUGUGGUCGGGGGGGGGGUGUCCAGGGAAUCCCUCACUUUGGAGAGUCCUGGCUGCAAAGCAUUCGUGCUGCAUCUCCCGGCUCCCGCAGCUCCCCGAGACCCCUUCCAAGUGCCGCCCGCCCUCGCCGCCCCCGCCUCACACCCCCAUGCGCCGCGCCGGGCCCCGGUGAGACCUUCGCCUCUCAGAGCAGCCGGUCUCGGAAGCCGGAGACCUGGAUGUGUGGGCUCCUGGAGGGCAGGCCGCGCUGGAGGGCUGGGAAGGGCCUCGCAGGGCUCCCUUAAUCUGGAUGCAAUUAGAGGAAACCAGCCAAAAACCCCGCGGCAGCUGUUGCCCCGGGAUUAUUCCCAGCCAGCAAAAGGCAUUAGGGUGAUAAUUCCGUCAUUAGACUUCUAGCCUUCCCACCUCCAAAACGUGCAAAUAUGGGAUAAUCAGCCCGGCACGGCCAUCCUCCGUGAUGUCGCUUAUUUAACCCAUUUUUUUAAAUGACACUUACUGUUAUUGGCUGGUGUGCGUGCGCGCGCAUACUUAAUUUCCCCACCGCUAACGGCUGUGCUGACGCGACGCGUCGUUGUCGGGGCCCCUGGGAAGAGAGGGAGCCUCUGAUGCGCAUGUGCUGGCAUGGAAGGCGUGGACGGGGCAGCAAGGCAGGGGCUCGCCAGCCCCGGGGAAGAAGGGACGGCAGGGGGGUGGGGGUGGGGGACGCCCAGGCUGGUGCGGUUGGGGCCUGGUUCUGCUGUUCCAGAAGGCUCCGACCCAAGUCCCAGCCAGGAAGACUCGAACUCACGAGUCCCUGAGCCAGUCGGUGUGGGGGGAACAGACGGCAUGGGGAGGGGCCCCCCCGACCACCUGCUCAGGGGAGGGGGCCGUGCGGUCCAGGAGGGGCGGCCCGGCUCCAUGGGCGGCCUCGGUCUGGGUGCCAUCAGCAGCACGUUGUCCCGAUGGGCCGCGUGUCAGGCAGCACGGAGGUUUUCAAGUCCAGGACCUAAAGCGCGUGUCCUUCUGAGUCUGUCCACGAGAGCCCUUCCGGAAGCCCCAUGUGGGGUGGGCGGCCAGACAGGAGGAAGCUUCUGGUCCUGAAACGGACGCUUCUCCCGGGCUAAGUGGUGGUGGCUGGCAGAUACUGGGGACCGUCGUGGUGGAGGUGAUGCUCUGUGGGUUUUGCCUCGUUUUCUGUGAGGUGCCUCUGAGCUCUCUUGGCCCUUCCUUGUUUGGGAGAAGUCGCUUGGAGCGUGGCUGUCCUCAAGGUGAUGGGAAUCUGCUCGUGGCACUGCCCUGCCCCUGCGGAAGCCUCGAUGCUCCGCCUGGCCUCUCCUCCCCUGCAGAGAGGCUGCGGGGUGUCAGGGACCCCUGGGUUCACCCGGCAAAGAGAAGGAAGCCUCUUCCAGUCUGUGUGCCCUGAGUGGGAGGAAGGGAAAGGCGUUCGCCCAGGAAGAACCACUUGUGCAGGGGCACGGGCUGGGCCAGAGGAGGUGGCCUACGGCCCAGGGAGGGACCCCUCAAGCUGGACCUGCCACAUCCCCGGAGACUCGAGGGAACCAGACAGCCCAGGAUCCGAUUAGCCCUGUGUGUCUAAGCCAGGCGAAGAGGCUGUCCCUCGGAGUGAAAACAUUGUGUCGGCACAUUCCUAGCUCAGAGGGACUUGCCAGUUCACUUCCUCCAAAGUCGUGAAGCCUGAGGCCAGGGCUCCCCGUAGGGGGUGAGCGGUGUUGCCUCUCUGAGCCUCAGUUUCCCCAUCUGUAGAAUGGGGAUGAUGGCACCCACCCAACCCGCCUCGCCGCUGGCCUCGGGGCCUCUCCAUGUAAGAGCUGUGCUAAGGGUGGUCUGCCAAGCCCCAGGGGCCUCACCCGCUACUCAGGGAAGAGACCACUGACCCUGGCCUUCAGCAGCCUUGCCCAAGAGCCACAACACAUCCCCCACUCCAGAGCUCUGCCUGCUUUGGGAGUCAGCAAACCCCAAACCUCUCAUAUGCCCACCUUGCUGCGUGUACCCGGCCGACGGGAAACCUCUCUGUGCCUCUUCUGUAAAAUUCACCCCACUCCUGCCCCCGAGAAAAAUCAGCCAUGAACCAUAACCUCAGCGACCCUGCGAGAAGCCUGUCUGUGUGGGCGUGCAAGGCGUGCAAGGCUCUUCAGCAGGGAUGUGGUGCGUGGACGUGAGGUCUCACCCCCUCCGCUGGGAACCCCCCCUCGCUGGGACUCUGGCCUCCUGGGUCAGGGCUGUGGGACCAGGGGAGGGGCAUCCCUGGGCCUCCAGGGAGCAGGGCAGAGGGACACGCAGCCGGUGGGCAUCUGGCCCUCUAGACACAUCUCGCUGAAUCUCUAGGAGGGAAGAUAACGUUUCAGACGCAAAGAGAGAUCAAGCCACCUGGCCGUCUUCUCUCCAGCAUCUCUCGUUGGCGGGCAGGGGUCUGCUGUUUAAGGGAAAACCUAAUGAAAUAUCCAUCCUUUCCAACAGAUUACUGUUGUCCAUGGUGAGCAAUUCUUUGUCUGUGUUUUGUUUUGUUCUGUCUUGUUUGUAAAUACGAUCACCUGCCAGCCCAGCCCUGCCCCAGGCGCGGGACUGGUCACCGUGACCCCCGGGGUCGCCAUGGCCCCAACAGUGCUUCCGGCUCUCAUGGAUUCCCCUGCAAAGUAAAUAAAAUCAUAUUGACGACAAACGUA